AUGGAUGGUUUCGAUAACAUCGUGAGGAAUAAGGUUCCUUUGACAGUGAUUUUCAUGAUAACUUCUAAUUCUGCGAAUAUUGCUAUUUUCAAACCAGAAUCUUUGAUGGAUAUCAUUAUUCCGGCUUGUAUUCCCCUGGCAACCCUCAUUUUGAUCGGCAUAAUUAUCAUCUAUCAGAGGCGGUCUGCCAAUAAAUCCGGAGCGCCGAAAGGUAAAAAGAUUAAAAAAAAGAAGUCGAAAUCCACCAAAAAGACUAAAGCGAGUGCUUCCAAGUCGAAGAACAACUCAAAUAUAAAAGAUUCAAAGACGUCGAUGAGAAUCGGAGAAAAGAAUGCGGUGGAGUUCGAAGAGGAAGACGUGUUGGAGGAUGAUGCUGAAUCCUUAUCAUCAAUGCCUGAUAGAAGUCCACCCCCACCACCAUCACCGCCACCAUCCGCAGCCUCACCACCUCCACCGCCCCAAACACCACCAUCAGUAGCAGCACCUCCGCCGCCGCCACCACCGCCAUCCGCACCUCCGCCACCGGCGCCACCAGCUGCACCACCACCACCACCCCCACCAGCAGCAGCGCCACCACCGCCACCUCCUGGUCCACCUCCCCAACCACCAGGCCCUCCAAUACCAGGGGCCCCACCCGCAUCCCCUGGACCCCCACCACCUACUGGUCCUCCACCUCCCCCAGGACCCCCACCUCCACCUGGACCACCUCUGCCCUAUGACACUCCUCCACCACCUGGACCACCGUUGCCACCCGGACCACCAUCAGCACCCAAUCAAGGUCUACGACCAACCCCUCCGCCACCCCGAAAGAGCAUCCCUGUCGAUCCGAUGGACGCCCUGAAGAAUGCAAUUGAGUUGCGACGCCGUUCUAUGAACAACUCGAAUUCAGCGAAAGGAGUCGUAUGGACCUACACGUAUCCAUCUUGGCCUCCGCCAGUGCCCCCAUGAUCAUUCUAAUAAUUUACUUGGACAUUGUGACAUUGAAACUGUAGCAGAUAUUUAUUGACAUAAAACUCUAGCAGAUACUCAGUGACGCUGUAAUUAUAACGGACACACGCAGUGCUUACUUUCACCUGAUUGCGUCUUACUAGCUCUCAUCUUGUACAUUGUAAGACGGAUUGAAUUUUUCCCAUUUUUUAUCCGCAUUAGGUUCUGUAUUUUAACCCAAACAUGUCUGACAUCCCCACUACUGAUAGCCAGCACUAAUCUCUUGCACCCUAUGACUUAAAAAUAUAUUCAUGUCAUUAUCUAUCAUCACAAUUGUCAAAAUUGUUAAUAAUGAACCUUAGUUCUUUCUUUCUCUUAAAAUAUUCCUUUGCCAAUAACAUUAAUAAUUAAGCUUAUACAAGUCCGCAAGUCGACUGAAAGAUGGUUAAUCUCGAAUUUGUGUAAUUAAUUGUUCUGUUUUUUUUUUGUGUGUGUGUUGUAGAGGGGUAAUUCCAUGUACGUCCGAACCCCAUAUAUGUGGGACCUUUAUAUAUUCCAUGUAUUCUGUUUCUGAUUUUUUGUUCUUUUGACAGUCUGUAAUGCUCUCAAGAUUAGUGAUCAUGGCUUGGUCAGUUCAUGAAGUAAAGUAAAAAUUGAGAAAAAUGUGGGUCGGAUGCACAAGAAAGUAAAUCUUUUGUGGAAUCGCCCAGAAUUUAAGCGCUAUACUCUUCAAGCAACGGGUCCAUAAAACCAUGGCUCUCUCUGGAUAAUAUUAUUCACUUUCACUUUAUCACCUUUCACAUAAAUAUUGAUACGGGGCCUAUAUGAUGGUAAUGACGAAAAUGA